UAUUGUUUAUACCAAAUCGUAUAAAAUUGUAUAAAAUUAUGACACUGAUUUUUGCAGAAUUAUAAACAAUAAGCUGGAUAAGUUAUUAAAUAAACGAAUAAAUAUUAUGCCUCUAAAGCCACCUUCAUUUCCUUUAAAAUCAGUACAAGAAGUAACAGACUUUGAUAAUAUUUCGCAGGAAGAGUACGAAAAUGCUGUCCAGUAUCUAUAUUUUGUAGGUGGCUUCACUUUACAUGAGGCAAUAAAAUAUUGCAUGAAAGAAGUAAUGACUGAUGAUGUCAUUCGAUAUUAUUCGGCGUGGGGGGAGCGGGGAAAUCUUCCAUUGCUUAAUACUAGAUUAAUAAAAGUAAUAUAUAGUAGGUUAUUUCAACUUAUUGAAUAUAUUACAAGUGUAUACUGCGGGAGGCGAGAGAAUAUCUGCGCUAAUAAAGUUGAGAAAGCGUUAUUCAGAACCGUAUUGGCAAGCUGAACGGCACGGCGGUAAAGUGAUAAGGAGGGGGGAGAGAGCUUUCCAGGCGGAGACCUGCAACCAAACGGACGAGUUUUUGUCCGAUUCCUUAAUAUUUUCUCGCAAUCCGGAGUAUAGUAUAUUAAAUUGUGCUAGACAAAUAAAUAGCGACUUUUUACUUACUUUACUAUUUCUGAGAUAAUUACUCGAUAAGAUUAAAAUUAUUCACUCUGUACACACGCCUAUAUGCACGGACACACGUACAUACACACACAUACAC